CACCACGUGACUUCCUUUUCCUUUUGCGCUGUGAUCAUGGACGCCAGCCGCGUGCAACCCAUCAAGCUCGCAAGAGUAACCAAAGUGCUCGGUAGAACCGGCUCCCAGGGACAGUGUACCCAGGUCCGUGUUGAAUUUAUGGAUGACAGCAACCGAUCCAUCAUCAGAAAUGUGAAGGGUCCAGUGCGAGAGGGUGAUGUUUUGACACUUCUGGAGUCUGAAAGAGAAGCUAGGAGGCUUCGAUAGAGUGCAUCUGUAAAGAUGAAGCGCUGAUCAACCAGUUACCAUCAAGCCGGUUUAUAUGAUGUUCUGUUGUCAGCUUUGAGUUGACAUGACAGCUAGUGGAAAUAAAAGUGAUUGUUAAUAA